UGGAGCCUGGGCCUCAGAACCCAAUAGAGUCUGUGCACUCCGUGGCGCUGGAUACCGUCACGCGUUUCUCCGCUGACCGACUGCAAGGGUCGAGCUUUGGGGCUUUGGGUUACGCAUUGCGCCUGGGUCUUUCGAAAAGCGUCUUUACCGUCGCGCAGCAUUGAAGCCUGUGUGGAGCAGUCGCAAAGUGCAAAGCAACUUUACGCAUUCAGUUUCUCAAGAAUGGUUUUAUUGUUGGGCACGCGGAUAUAUCGCGUUUAAUGAGCUCUUUUAUGGAAUCUUAGAAGAACUACAGUCUAGAAACUCUUUCGCUUUCUUUUGGAGGCCAAAUGUGCAAUAAGAUGAGCGCAGAAGAAAAGUUUUGCCAUCAGAUUUCUGUGAGUUUGUGAGACUGUUAUCUUGGGAUGGUUGCAGCUGCUGUCUCUCGGCGGAGUCGCGAGAUCUCCACUUUGACUGGAAACAAAGACAAUGUAACGACUUAAAGUAGCGCUCCUUCGCGUAAAACAAUGGAAACUUGCGGUUAAUCAGCCGGAAAGGGCUUGUGGAGUUGUAAAAAUGAAUCAUAUGGAAAACAAAGGAGGCUAUUCAACCGCUUCUUUGAGGAUUGCGUAAUGUGGAGAGCACCAAACCAUGAUACAUCGAUUUAUCUAAUGUUGCGUCGUGUCAAUAUUUUGACCAUGACUUAAAAGCAGCGCUGAUCUGCGUCUCUGCUUGAUGGCUUUUGACGAAUAUUCGUCGUGUUUAGAUAUAAACAGCAGCAACGAAAGGCUUUCUGGGCUAGUUAUAUGCUAAUCUAACCCCCUCUUCUUGCGGUGUGGAUAUCAAGGAAAGCAGGAGUAAUGUCUGUGGGCGCUACUUGCGUCCUUUUACUGGCUUUCGUGCUGCUCAGGAGCUCUGCUGGAUCCACUGAAUGUAAAUCAUACGACGAACGCUCCAGAAGUGCGGGGAAAAGCGCUCUGUCUGGGGCCACACUGGACAGAAAAGUGGUCUGCAGCAACAUGGAGCUCCAUCAGGUGCCUUCACCUGAGUCAUUUCCCAACAGAACAGUCUCACUGAUUUUGAGUAACAAUAAAAUCCAGGAACUUCUGAAUGGCUCUUUCAUUGGGUUGUCAUCACUGGAACGACUGGACAUAAAGAACAACAUAAUCACACAUAUUGAACCAGGAGCUUUUUAUGGACUUUUCAUCCUCAAAAGACUAGACUUGUCCAAAAACCUGAUCGGCUGCCUCCAUGUGGACGUCUUUAAAGGCCUCUCAAACCUUGUUAAACUUAAUCUUUCGGAGAACAAGUUUUCUUCACUCUCUCAAGGGAUUUUCGACAGCCUUGGCUCUCUGAAAAUACUGGAGUUUGAUAGCCCUUAUCUUCUGUGCGACUGUAACCUGCAAUGGCUGGUGGUCUGGAUCAAAGAGAAGGCGAUCGGGGUGAAGGAGACUCGCUGCUCGUUCCCUCGCUCCCUACAGGGUCAGCUGAUAACCUCGCUCAGGCCCGAAACACUCACCUGUAACGCUCCUCUAGAGCUUCCCUCCUUCCAGAUGACUCCGUCCCAGCAUCAGAUCGUCUUCCAGGGAGACAGCCUGCCGUUUCAGUGCAUGGCCUCUUUCGUGGACGAGGACAUGCAGGUUCUGUGGUAUCAGGACGGGAAGAUGGUGGAACCUGAUGCCACUCAGGGCAUCUACAUAGAGAAAAGCAUGGUGCAGAAUUGCUCUUUAAUAGCCAGCGCCUUGACCAUUUCCAACAUCCAGCCGGGAUUCACGGGGAACUGGGAGUGUCGCGUGCGCACCAGUCGAGGAAACAACACCAGGACGGUCCACAUCGUGGUUCUGGAGAGCUCUGCCAAAUACUGCUUGCCAGAUCGGGUGUCAAACAACAAGGGGGACUACAGAUGGCCUCGGACACUGUCUGGCAUUACAGCGUACUUGCCCUGUAAACGGCAGGUGAGCGGAGCUGGCAUUUACUCGGGCAGCUUGGCGGAAGAUCGACGCGCGUGGAGGCGAUGUGGCCGCAGUGGACAGUGGGCAGAGGACGACUACUCCCGCUGUGAAUAUAUGAAAGACGUCACGCGUGUGCUUUAUAUUAUCAACCAGAUGCCUCUGAAUCUGACCAAUGCGGUUCAGACGGCGCAGCAGCUGUUGGCUUACACCGCAGAGGCGCCCAACUUCUCUGACAAGGUGGAUGUGAUCUUUGUAGCCGAGAUGAUCGAGAAGAUCGGCAAGUUUGCCGAGAAGUAUAAAGAGCUGGGAGAUGUGAUGGUGGAUAUCUCCAGUAAUCUGAUGCUGGCUGAUGAGCGAGUGUUAUGGAUGGCUCAGAGGGAGGCGCGAGCGUGCUCGCGUAUCGUUGAGUGCCUGCAGAGAAUUGCCGCUCUCCGAAUCAGUAAUGGGGCUCUGGCCUAUUCUACUAACUCUCACAACAUUGCUCUGGAGGCUCAUGCCAUCAAGGCCAGCAGCUUCAAUGGAAUGACCUGCACUCUGUUCCAGAAGCUCUCACCGGAGCGCACACCCGUGGCCCAUUUCUCUCCCAGAGACCCCGACAUCAACCCGGAGCGCCAGCUCAGCUUCAAAUGCAACGUGACAAGCAACCUGUCUGCACUGGCUCUCAGAAACACUAUCGUGGAGGCGUCUCUCCAGCUUCCCCCGUCUCUCUUCUCGUCUCUGGGAAGCUCAGGUCAGGCUGAUGAAGCCGUCUAUAAGCUACAUCUGCUGGCCUUCCGCAACGGCAAACUCUUUCCUCCGACGGGCAACUCCACCCUCCUGAGCGACGGCAGUAAGAGGAGGAGUGUGGUCACACCUGUGAUCCUCACAAAGAUCGAGGGCUUCCCGCUGAAGAACCUGCAGAGUCCAGUGAACGCGACCCUGCGGCGCUUCCUGCACGGCUCAGACGCUGUGCCCUCCUUCUGGAACUUCAGUCUGCUGGGUGGACAGGGCGGCUGGCAGAGCGACGGCUGCCGGAUCCUGCAUCAGGACGACAACUUCACCACAAUGUCCUGCCAUUCACUGAACAACUACGCUUUACUGAUGGAUCUGAACAGGACCGGGAACGACGCGUACAGCUUCGAACCUCUUCAGCCUGUUAUCUACGCCACAGCCAUCGUCCUGCUGCUCUGCCUGCUGUCAGUCAUAGUCAGCUACAUCUACCACCACAAGUCGGUGCGUGUGAGUAAGAAGUGCUGGCACAUGCUGGUUAACCUGUGCUCACAUAUGCUCCUCACCUGUGCUGUGUUUGUGGGCGGCAUCAACCAAACGUACAGUGCAAGUGUUUGUCAAGCGGUGGGGAUUGUGUUGCAUUACUCUACACUGGCUACAGCAUUGUGGUCCGGCGUAACGGCACGCAACAUCUACAAACAGGUGACGCGGAAGGCCAAACGCUACGAGGAGCUGGACGAGCCUCCGCCUCCACCCAGACCUAUGCUGAGAUUCUACUUAAUAGGUGGAGGCAUACCGAUCAUUGUGUGUGGAAUAACAGCUGCAGCUAACAUCAAAAACUACGGCAGUCAAGUCAAUGCACCUUACUGCUGGAUGGCAUGGGAACCCAGUCUUGGUGCGUUUUACGGCCCGGCAGCCUUCAUCGUUUUCGUGGACUGCAUGUACUUCCUCAGCAUUCUCAUUCAGCUCCGCCGGCACCCCGAGCGCCGCUUCGAGCUCAAGGAACAGUCUGAGGAGCAGCAGCACCUUUCUGUGGCCGAAGCGACCGAAAUCACACCGGCCCUCCUGGAGUCCUCGUCUGCAGCCGCUGAUCAACCAGUCCCGAUGUCGGCUCUGGAGAACGAGCAUACUUUUGUGGCCCAGCUCAUCGGCGUGGCAGGGUCUCUUGUGCUUUAUGUCGCUCUGUGGGUGUUUGGCGCUCUUGCGGUGUCCCAAGAGCAUCCGGCAGAUUUGGCGUUCGCCUGCCUCUUCGGCGCCGCUGCUUUGGCUCUCGGGGCGUUUCUUGUGGCGCACCACUGCGUGAACCAUCAGGACAUGCGGCGCCAUUGGUCACGAGCUUGUUGCCUGGUUCGCCGCAACUACGCCAUACAGAUCGAUUCCCUGCUUUUGCCAGUCGCGGGAGCCGGAGGCUCUGUCUUGACGGCAAGAGGAAACGGCGAAACUGCAAAGUGUCCAGCCAGCAGCGCCGAAUCCUCGUGCACCAAUAAGAGUGCGCCGAGCGUCCGUAACUCCACCCAAGGCUGUAAACUGACCAAUCUGCAAGUGGAAGCGGCUCAAUGCAAAGCGGCCCCUUCUACGGCCAAUGGGACGGCGUUAUUGGACAACAGCUUGACUGAACAUUCAGUCGACAAUGAGAUUAAGAUGCACGUCGCACCAAUCGAGGUUCAAUAUCGGCCCAAUUCGGUCAACAACAACAAUCUUCAAGGAACAGGCAACGCAAACAUCAACGGGCAUUCGGGGCGACACCACAAGAACCGUACGAGAGCGCAUCGGGCCAGUAGGCUCACGGUUUUGCGCGAGUACUCAUACGACGUCCCCACCAGCGUGGAGAGCAGCGUGCAAAGCAUCCCGCACAAGCGCCACCAUCAUCACGAGAGCCUGCAGGUCCGUAACAGUCGACGGGCGGCGUAUUUCCGCCGCUUGCGGCAUCUCGCCAAAGGUGGAGGCGUCCGCCCGGGUAACAGUUUUGGGCACGGGCUCAGCAACAACGUGGGGAACGGCGUCAGUAAUGGAGGCUUAGUCGGAGGAGGGGACGGAUCGGGGACCGACGUCACCAGCCAAACUAGAGACUGUCCAAAAAAGCCCCUCGCUGUUGAACUGGAGGUGCAGCCCAAGUCUUACGGGUUGAACCUAGCGUGCCAAAACGGACCUGCCAAAGACUCCGAGAUGCUACAGAAUUUGUCGCCCCUGAACGUGGAGAGUUCUGGAAAUAUCAAGACUGGCUUGUGGAAGCAUGAAACUGCUGUGUAGCGAGAUUCCCUUCUCAGAGACUACAGAUCUGACUUUUACCUGUAACUGUGAAUCUCUUAUUUUAUGAUUUUGAUCUGAAAGGUACAGUUUGUAAAAAUAGUUCCUGAAAGAGUUUGCGUUUUAAUGUUUAUGUGAGAAAAUACCUACAAAUGCAUAUAGUUUACCACUUGGCUGCAUCAUAGUCAGUCUACAAAUGGUCUAUUUUUAUAUCCAUUCGGCCAAUUUUGUAUUUUAUUCUGACGUUUUGUAUGUGAAGGUGCAUGAUGCGCUGCCCUUUGAGAAUAUGUUGGCUGACUCUUAUAUUCCAAUGUGUUUUCACACAGUAAAGAAGAUUGUGUUCUAUUGCGGGCAUCAAAUAAUAAAAAAUCUCUUUAUGCAGCCCACUUCAUCUCAUCUCUGAGUUCAAAGGUGAGUUCAUCUGAGAGUUUCCUUGCGGUUUCAAGUAAUUGGGAGCUUAUUUUAUGAUUUUGAUCUGUAUGGUACAGUUUGUAAAAAUAGUUCCUGAAAGAAUUUGUGCUUUAAUGUUUAUGUGCAAAAUUUGAGAAAAUACCUACAAAUUUAUAUAAUUUCCAACUUGGCUGCAUUGUAGUCAGUCUAUAAAUGGUCUAUUUUUGUGUCCUUUAAGUGCAUUUUGUACUUUAAGAUGCAUGACAUGCUGCCCUUUGAGAAUAUCUUGGCUGACUCUCUUAUAUUCAAAUGUGUUUUCACAUAGUAAAUAAGAUUGUGUUCAAUUGUGGCCGUCAAAUAAUCAAAAAAAUCUCUUUAAUCUCUUUUCAUCUCCGAGUUCAAAGGUGAGUACAUCUGAGAGCUUCCUCUUAUUUUAUUAUUUUGAUCCGAAUGUUUUUUUUUAAAUAGUUCCAGAAAGAAUAAUGUUCAAAAUCUGAGAAAAUACAAAAAGUCUACAAAUGGUCUAUAUUUGCAUCCUUUAAGCCCAUUUUGUAUUUCAUUCUGACAUUGUGUGUGAAGAUGCAUGACAUGCUGCCCUUUGAGUCUAUGUUGGCUGAAUCUCUUAUCUUCUGUGUUUUCAAGUAAUUGUGGCCAUCAAUAAAAAAUCUUUACGCAGCCCA